UGCACCACUACACAUCUUUUUCUCUCUCUCUCUCUUCAUAGUUUUGUGUACCUGAGAAAGUGUCUUCUCUUUCAAAAAUCUUUUUCAUAUAUUUCAUCACUUUGCAGCCCUUCAAUUAAUCACCUUAACUGAUUCAUAUUCUAGCUUCCUCUUCUGUUUUUGGGGUUCUUCUCUGAUAAAAUAUAUCAAAUUUCAAUCUAUAGUGGAAGAAUAAACAUAUAUAUGUAUAUUUAAGCACCCUUUCUCUCCUUUCAAAUUCUGAAUUCUUCAUUGGUUGAGUGUGUUUUUCUUUUUCUAUUUUGGUUUUGUUCCAUGUGUUGUUGCUAGCACAUCAUAUACUAUAGAUUGAAAUCAUUUCUGGGAAUAUAGGUGAUUGAUAAAAUGCCCCAGAAUAGCAUUUUCCGAGACCAAUCAUCGAAUCAGAUUCCUGAUCUUUCCCUUCACAUUAGCCUCCCAAACAGUGCUCCUUCUUCAAUUUACACUGGAGGGGAUUCGCCCUUUGAUACAUGGCCACAACAAGCAGAUGAAGAUGACUAUGCCGAAGGCUUCAAAUCCCACAGUGAUGGUUCAAUCAAAGGUUGUAGCCCUUACCACACAGAUACACAACUUUCUUUAGCAAACUCUACAACUGCUUUCACUGCUACUCCCUCUGAGGCUGACAGCACCUGGAGGAAGAGAAACUUUGUUAGACUCAGCCAUCAUCAUGGGGUUUCUGAUGGUCAAAUAAGACUCAUCAAUGGAAUCCCUCUCUACAGUAACCUUUCAUCUUUGGACAACACCAGUACUGCUCCCUCAAUAGAGAGAAGCCCCACCAACAAGUUUUCCUUUCCUUCUCUAUAUUCACUUCCACACCCUCCUUAUUCUGCCAAUUCUGCUCCUAACUAUAGCUAUAAUGGUGCUGUUGGGGGUGUGGCAGCAGAACCAAUCUCAAGGUUUCAUGAUAUAACCAUGGAGAAUACUCCAAGGCCCCAACAGUUUCAGUACUUUGAUUACCCUCAGCAGCUGCAGCAGUUUGGGAAUAGUACAAAUUUUGGAGCUUCUGAAUUUUCUAAUGGAUUUGUGAGGUCAAGAAUGUUGCCAAGGCAACAAAGUAGUAAGAGGAACAUGAGGGCUCCGAGAAUGCGUUGGACUAGUUCUCUUCACAACCGCUUUGUUCAUGCUGUUGAACUACUUGGUGGCCAUGAAAGGGCUACUCCUAAGUCAGUUUUGGAACUAAUGGAUGUGAAAGAUCUAACACUAGCUCAUGUGAAGAGUCAUUUGCAGAUGUAUCGGACUGUUAAGAACACUGACAAACCUGCACCUUCUUCAGAUGGGGAUGAGGAUUUCAUGUCCAUAACAGUCCCAAAUAAUCAAAAUAAGAAUUUUUUACCCAAUCAGAGAGGAGCUCCAAAUGCAUCCAUGGAUCAUGAUAUGGGCCACACUUCCAGAAAUCUAUGGGCUAAUUCUUCUACCAGAAAGCAAAGUUUCCUGAAACUAGACGAAAUUUAGUGGCUAUGUGCAAGUGAAAAUAUACAUGGAGGACCUAUUCUCUCCACUGUUGAAUAUGUACAUUUAUGGAUUAACAUUCUACUUUUAGAACAGCAUAUUUCUAUGCUCUACAUUGACUUAUGCAGUUUCUUUCUCCCUUUGGCUAUUAUCAUGCCAUCUCUUAAUGCACUUGCUUUGAUCACAAUUCAGUAACUAACACUACUUCACAACACUAUACCGUUAUCCAAUUAGGCUUUAUUUCUAUUCCAAUUUUCCUUUUCCUCUUGUUCGUACAUUUGGUAUUUUAGCUUUAUCAAAGAUUGAUGCUUGGUACUAUAGUUUCUAAUUCAAAAUUUGAGUCAACUAAUACGACAAAAAGGGCUAAGAACUUAGGUGUGGAAAACUCCUACUGUGAGUACUAAUCACAGAAAAGACAUUUCUACCGAGAAUUGCAAUGCAAUAGGUAGAAAACAAUAUCCUUAGUGGAAGUGAAGGUUCAGAUAUACAAUUCUCAAAAAGUUGUCAUUCAGUGAUACAACAUAAUAAUGCCUUUAUGCUAUGAUUAACUUCUUUUUUGGGAGGCUAAAAAUGUCUAAGAUUUCAGACACAGAAAAUCAAGCAAAACUUCACACUAUUCUGGUUUAUGACAGUCCCAAAUGAGUCUGCUAAUUUGCCUAAUACACAACUUAGUUUGUAUGAGAUCACAUGAAAUCAUAUUAUAUAUAUAUUGAUCACUUUUAGCUUCCCUAAGUCCUGAAAAUGGUGGUCAAAAUUUGAGUUGGAUUCUAAUGAAUUUAGCUCUGAUGUUGUCUCGGUCCUCCCGUUUGUACACUGCAAAAAAGUUCCUUCAAGUCAGAAAGAUAGACAGUGAAGUUGAAUUCUUUGUUUCUAUUUUGCUACACAACUCAUACUUAGAAGAGAAGUGCUGGUACAGGGAGGUUGAAUUUUCAUCACCUUUUUUUUGUAAUUAAUUAAGUUU